ACACGUGAAAGAGACACGACAAUGUUCGGCGUUAUGACUUUAUGGUUUACAGGGGCUGUAGUUUUAUUUGUGACAACCUCCGCUACUGACAGAAGGAUACUUCUAAGUGACCCUGAUUAUGUGGCGCAACAACUAAACCACUUACAGUCAGAACUACAGGACUUGAAAGUUCAGGUGGAAUCUCAGAAACAUACCAUAGACGCCCAACAGCAGACAAUCAACAGUCAACAACUGGCCAUUCAAAAAAUCUCGACUGGGGAUAGUGGAAACGGUACAGCAUAUACCAGGUGGGGCCGAAAUGACUGUCCACACAAUACUGGUACACAACGAGUCUACUCCGGGUACAUAGGUGGUGGUUACUUCUCACACCGAGGAGGAGCUGGGAAUUCUUUGUGUAUGCCGGAUGAACCAAUCCAUGGUGAGAAUUAUUAUAAUGUAAAUCCAGGUCUCAUCUUCGGAGCCGAACUUCGAUUAGGGCAUGAUGUAUUUGGCCUGGCACAGAAUGACGAGGAUAUGUCAUGUGCUGUUUGCAGAAACUCUGAACACACGAUAUCGGUAAUGAUACCAGGGCGGACACAGUGUUACCAGGGCUGUGUCGAGGCUUACAACGGAUUUAUCGUCACAGGAGACCCAAAUGAUCCCUCGAACGUCGACUACAUCUGCAUGGAUGGCCAUCCACAUCCGAUUCCCGGAGGUCAGCAGAGCGACAAUGGACAACUCUUCCGUCCUACGAUAGCGAAGUGUGGCUCUUUGCCCUGUCCACCAUACAAGGACGGCAAACUCGUCCCUUGUGUUGUUUGUAUGAUGUAGAUUCCGCAAUAAAGCAAACUGCAGUGCAAGCCAUUUUUAUUUCGAGUUACGAUUUCAUACUGUAUGCUUUUUUUCGCCACUGCUAAAACUAUGUAUUACACAUAUAUAUUCCACUGGAGAUAAUAUUUUUCAGUUGGUAGCGUAGUAGCCCCUACUUCUACUAUAUCAAUAAGGUGUAACACAUGUGGAUCGGAUGAUGCAUCGACUGUGGAACGGAAGUAGGCUACCUAUCUUAAAGCUGUUUUAAAACGGACAGUCUGAUUGGUUUACAAAACAGCUCUGAUUUAUAUUGUCUACCUCCGUUCCACAGUCCAAUGCAUCGCCGGCUGACGACCAAUUUUGGUCCAUUUUCUCAUCCUUGUAUGUGCGUUUGCUCAGACGGAACUUAAAUUCGAAGUGAAUCUAAGCUCAUCCCCCACUCCCGACUUCUCAAGUGUUGCACCUUCCUGAUAUAGUAUGAGUAGGAGCUUAUAUUUUUUCUAUAAAUACCAUCCAAAUGCAGACGCCUGUGGUCUAGAUCUGGCAGUCGUCUGACAUAUCUAAAACACUAUGUAGAAUAUCUAUAACAUGAUUCCUAUCUACUGCUUUGAGAGAUAUUCAAACAGGAAAGUGAAAAAAAACCGACGUGUAAAUUGUAUCUUAUCUAGGUACACGUCGAUAUGUGGAAAUUAGUUUUGGCUCGACCCUUUUCAUCAAAAUAAAAAAAGAUGACAUCACUUUCUUAAUACCAAGCAAACAAAUGUACACAAUGGGUAUUGGCGAAAUCAAUAGAUCAUUGUUUCAAUAUAGCGUUACAGAAAUAAUCCCCAAUUAUUGUUUUUUUCGACUUCAGUGUUUACAUGAUUACAAAGAAACAGAAGAAUAAUAAACAAGAUCUUACAUCAAUUGAUCAUUUUUCGUUCUUUUAUUAGAAAAUCCUUACAACAGGCAUUGUAGGAAGUACAGCAAACAUCUACUAAAACAUGACUUUAAUCUACCAACAAAACAUGGAGUAUACAUCCUCUGUCAACAAACUGCUUACAACAUUCAGGAUAAAUACAAAUUACCAUUAGGUGCAUAUAUACACAGUCAAACACUAAUGUUACACUUUAACUAACUUUUCGAAGUUCUAAUAUAUCAAAGUUUCAGUAAUUUCUUUCUUAUGUAAAAUCAAGAAAUUGCCCACUGUAUCAUUUUUUUCAGACAACGGUUUGAAAAUAAAAUAUUUAUGAAAAAUAAACAUAACGGUCUUUCACAUCAAGCAUGCAAUAAGCUUGUUAGAAACAUAACGCUUAACACAUAAACACUUCCAAGUAAAAUAUUCAUCAACUAGUAUAUAGGGACUUUAACUUUGGAAGUAUACAUCGAUGGGAAUGUCCAGAACCUCUACAAUGAAGUGGAGAUGGAUUUGUGGUACACCAGUUUAGUGGGACAACAUGAGGACUACUGAAUUACAAUAUUAUUUGGGCGUUAGAACUUCAUCACGUGAUAAUGUUUAUACGUCAUUUAUCACGUGCGGCACUAACGUGAAUAUUUACUCAUGUGAUAUGACGUCAUUAAUUUCUGCGUUGCGUAUUGAUGCCACAUAUGAUGAUGUUAAAAUAAUGCGUGAGGUAUAGAGAAUGCUCUAAUGUUAUUACAUGUACAGCAUUUUGCAUCACAGCACACUUCAAUAUUGAUUUAAAUUCAUUAAAGCACUCUGAAUGUGAGUACUGUCCCUCGUACGUACCGUGCGACGCCAUUCUAACACAUGCAUGCAUCUGAUCUCGAUAAGAAUUUUAAAGUAGCCGAUAUAUUUCAUUGGAUGAUUGAAUGACCACACACUUGCGAUGGGGAUUUCUUACUCUCAUCUGUUGUACAUUUUAGGUACACAGAUUUUCGUAUAACAUUUAUCCAUGUACAUAAGUAGGAUCCUCCAUUAUAUAAUCAGAUUAGGAAGUAAGCCUAAAAGUAUAUUCCAUACAAACAAGUACAGAUAAAACAAUUCCUAUCAUUUGAACACAACAAACCUUGCAGCAUUUUCAUGAAAAGAUAAAAAUUAAUUUUAACAUUACAAACCUAGUUUUCAUGCUAAUUUAUAUAGCCAUUAAAUCCUUUGGUUCUAUAUAUGUCGGCGUUGUAGUGAUAUAAAAAUAAAUCAUAUUGACAAUGUCGACCUCAUAGCGUAUCGUUAUACCCUUUCAUCACACAAUACUAUAUUCCAACAGUUGAAAAGUAAAAUAUGCAUAUGUUGAUGCUUAAAUGUUAUUUUUCAAUAGUUAUCAUUAAAGUCGCAUUGGCAGUCAUACUAAACAAUAACAAAUGUGGGAAAAGUCUACGGUUUUGUGCCAAUCAAUUAAGCUACAAAUAUCAUAAAUGUUGCCAUUGAUAUAAUUCAUCUGUUGUUAAUAUUGUCUUAGAUUGCAAAGUCAAUAUACCAAUAAUGUUCAACCACCAGUAACAGUCCGAAUUUGCGAGAUUGAUUUUUGAAAAAAAAAAAAAAAAAAAAAACAUGUCGCAUCUAUUGUCUAUCACAUAAGAUAUGCAGAAUAUCAUUUCCAAAUGAACUAUACUACAGGUAAGUACAACAUAUGUAUUUAUGUGUUGCCCUCGUACUUCAUUACUCAAUUUUAAAGGUUUUGUUACACAAAAGCAGAUGAAUGACACUUCGAAAUCCUUCCUGUGUAAUAAGGGAGUCUCCCUAUAUUAAGACAUUGAUUAUCAGUCAAACACUAUGAAAUUU